AUGGCAGAAGGGGGCUGUGCAAAGACCGAAGAGGAAGAAGCCACGGGCUCAGAGGAGGAUCUGGGUUCGUCUCGUGGAAGCGGCGUGUGUAAAUGGUUCAACGUCCGGAUGGGUUUCGGGUUCCUGUCGAUGACCAACCGAGAUGGGACUCCGCUCGAGGAGACUGUCGAUGUAUUCGUUCAUCAGAGCAAGCUGCACAUGGAGGGCUUCCGCAGCCUGAAGGAGGGCGAGGCGGUGGAGUUUACCUUCAAGAAGUCGUCUAAAGGCCUAGAGUCUGUCACGGUGACGGGGCCAGGGGGAGCACAGUGUGUGGGCUGUGAGAAGACACCUAAGGGACAACAGAAACGACGCUCCAAGGGGGACAGAUGCUACAACUGUGGAGGACCUGAACACCAUGCCAAAGAAUGCCAGCUACCUCCUCAGCCCAAGAAGUGCCAUUGCUGCCAGAGCAUCAGCCACAUGGUGGCCAACUGUCCAAUCAAAGCACAGCAGUCCUCCCCUGGCUCUCAGGGAAUAGCAUCAUCAUUGAGGGAUGAGAAAGAGGAGCAGAGCCACGCCCCCUUACUCCCCAGGGAGAGCUCUGAUUGA